AAGUGGCAGUGUGUGGAGGACACAACGGGGAAGCUUCGCCUCUUCAAAUGUAAAAACGAAGGAGGCGGGGCUAAGAACAUCCAGAGGGGUGUGGCCAACCGUCAGCGUCCAAUCAGCAUCAAGUCUCAGAUGUACAACAGUAACAUUGACCCCUGCAAUUGUGACCUUGGUGACCUCCGACCCAUGAACCUGCGGCCCUCUUUGAUGAGGUCGUUCAACAAGAAGCCGUUCUUCUCCAAGAAGAAGUUCAAAGCCCUGAAGAGUUACUCCAGGAACCGUUACAGCCGCUCAGUAUCCAUGACGAACAGUUACCCUGGCAACAGCAGCAUGGCGAGCGGGGCCAACUGGGCUCAGCCAAUAAGAGACGAGUCUGAGGACGAGUUCAGUGGGAUGGGAGAAGUUCCUAAAGGUGUGACGCUGCCUCCCAACUCCCACAAAGUCACACACAGAUGCUUCAUUCUGUCCAACGCCACGGUGAAGUGUGACACAGGAGUGUAUCAGUCUCUGCAGGCCUGGAAGGACCACAAGCUGCACAUCGACCACGAGAUUGAGACACUGCAGACCAAGAUAAAGAACCUGCGGGAGGUCAGAGGUCACCUGAAGAAGGCCCGCCCUCUGGAGUGUGACUGUAACAAAUACCUGUUUAAGUCCAAACUGAAAAAUAAGCUUCGGCACAGAGGAGGAAGCAUCCACCCCUUCAGGAAAGGCGGGGCUCGGGACAAGAAGGCGUGGCUUCUGAAGGAUCAGAAGAGGAGGAAGAAGAUGAGAAAGAUGAUAAAGAGGAUCAGAAACAACGACACAUGUUCGAUGCCCGGACUCACCUGCUUCACACACGACAACCAGCACUGGCAUACAGCGCCCUACUGGACAUUGGGAUCUUUCUGCGCCUGCACCAGCGCCAACAACAACACGUACUGGUGUCUCAGGACGAUCAACGAGACCCACAACUUCCUGUUCUGCGAGUUCGCCACCGGCUUCCUGGAGUACUUCGACCUCAACACGGACCCGUACCAGCUGAUCAAUGCCGUCAGCUCUUUAGAUCGGACGGUCCUCAAUCAGCUUCACAUCCAGCUGAUGGAGCUCAGAGGCUGCAGGGGACACAAACAGUGUAACCCUCGCACACGCUCACUGGAGCAGGGAGGGCGGGAUCUCAGCAGCUUUGAUGACUACAGGCUGUUUGAAAGGAGGAAGUGGCCGAGAGUCAAGAAACCAUCGUCUCGAACCCUAGGUCCGAUCUGGGACGGCUGGAAAGGCUGAGUCCCCUGAUUGGCUGGAGCAGGCUCCUGACCCCACCCACAGCAGCCUGAAGGAGCAGGGGCGUGGUUGUUGAUGCGAUUUCAGCGGCACCAAUCGACAACCACGCCCCCAAAACUCACCACCCUGCCAUCUGUGUGACAUCGUUUGGCCCUCUAACCCUGCUGCUCAGGGAGACACUGGGACGAAACACUUGAACCUCUUCCGUCAGCUGCUCCUCCCUGAUCAUUCUUUGAGGAGUUCAGCUUCAGGUGGGGGAAACGAGGGCAGGAGGAGGAAGAGGAGGAGGAAACAGUUUAUUAAAGAGUAGGAGGAGACAGAGUGUUAUUGGAGAUAUUAUUUUAAGAAUAAACUCCACAGACUUCGCUAAAUAUCAGCAGGUUUGUCGAGGGAAAAGUCUUAAUUUGGCCCCGAGUUUAGACUUCCAGGAGGAUCUUCCUGCCCCCACCAUCAUACAAAGAUCAAAAGCCUGUUUUUACAGCAGAGAUGAACAUGUUUACAGCCUGGUUCAAAAAAACAAAUAGGUGUGAUUAGCUCAUGU